CCGAUUGCUCGUCCCAGUAUAAAAGACUCGGCGGGAUGAGAGAAGUUCGAACACACUCUUCCGUCUCACUUUUCAGUACCUCUCUCCACUCUCAAUCAACAUGCAAGUCAUCGCCGUCCUCUUGGUUUGCUUGGCCGCCGCCAACGCUUUCGUCAUCCCAGCCACCACCUUCGUCCGUGCUCCGGCUCAUGACAGCGCCAUCAUCAAGUCCGACCGUCUUGGUGGAAACUUCGCUUAUUCCACUGUUGAGGGCCACGCCUACGCCGCCGUUACCCCCGUCGUCCAGCGCGUCCUCACCCCCGUCGGAGUCUCUCACCACGCCGUUGCUACCCCAUACUUCGGUUACCCAGCAUACGGUUAUGCCGGCUACCCUUACGGUUCAUUCGUCGCUCCCGCUGCCGUUGACGCCAAAGCUGGCCAUCCCGUUUUGGUUGCAUAAACAAGAUAUUCCAAGAUGUACCGAUACUUAUUCAGAUGAUUCGAAAUUUUUUAUACAAUUCACUGAUUCGUGAGAAAA